UCGAAAUUUGUACGAAAAUUUAGUUAUUUAAAUUUUUAAUAAAUAAAUUUUAUAAAAAUAAUUUCAUUCAACAUUCUCAAGUUCCUUCAAAUGAGGAUAAAAUAGUUCUUCAACGAACUGUUUUACUGCUUUAGAUAAGUUUAUAGAGUGAUUAUUAAAUCGAAACAAACAUUGCAUUCCGACUUACUUAGUCACAAAUUGGCUCAGCCAACUAUGAAGUACUGUAAAUACCACCAGCGCUUGUGCGAGAUCGUAAUCGUCGGUGAAAGUGCAUUUUACUUUCUAGUACGUCCCUGUGUGUGUGCAGGAUUGAAUGGCGACAACUGACAGCUGUUUUAUGUUGUUGUUGCAGCAUUCCUGACUUUUGUUCAAUCAAUUUUCAACUAUUUCCCCAUUGUUUUCCGCUAAGUGUUCAAAGUAGUAACGAAAUGUCCGACAUCAAUUCGCGAUGUGGCGUGAGACAGUGCUCGAACAACUCGUCCAAUUACAACGGUGGCUUCUUCAAGUUCCCAAAAGAUAAAGAGAGGGCGGUUUAUUGGGCACGUUUGUGUGGACGAGACGAUCUCCUGACUGGCAACAGGAAUUUGAGUAGUACCACCAUAUGUGGGGCACACUUCGAGGAUUAUAUGUUCAGCAAGCCGACGAAAACGCCCAAAAGAAGGAGACUCGUUUCAAUGGCUUUUCCCACGUUGUUUGCCAAAGAAGAAGACAAAGAAGACAAUGCACAGUCUCCAGUCAAUAUACCAGGACCAUCGACAUUGAUGAACUAUCAUGAUGAUUCAACCACUGUAGCAUUUGCUGAAGCUGUACUAGCAUUAGAAGACUUUAUGGAACAGGAAUGUUCUAAACAAAACAAAAUACCCAAAGACCAAGAAGUGACAAGCGAAGAUGAUGUGUUCAUUUUGGAGUUAUUAGAGGCAUUCCUAUCGGCGGACAUCGCACUGGAAAAGCUGAACAACCCCGUUCUACAAAAGUUCCUUACGAAAUACUGCCAACGAACCAUUACAAGCGACAUUUUACAGCCUAGAUACAUAAAAAGUGCCAAAGAAAAUUAUUUGAUGAACAUUAAAAACGACUUGAACAACGAGAAGAAACUGUGGGUGAGUAUUGCUGACGCAGUAUCCCAAGAUGGGUACAAGGUGGUCAACAUUAUGGCUGGUUGUUUGGAUUCACAACUUCCUGGAAAAUGUCACCUUAUUGAUUCCAAAUUAGUGUCAGAAACCACUGCGAUUGAUAUAGCACAAAUUGUCGAUAAAUCACUGAAUCACAUCUGUUCAGAUCAAAUAACCAAACAUCAAAGGGUGUCCCUGUUGAUCACGUCAGGGUCGGCAAACAUGGAAAAGGCGGGGACGAUAUUGAGGAACACCUACCCCAACAUGAUACAUUUGAAAUGUUUGGAGCAAACUAUACAAGAUAUCUGUGCCUACUUCUUGGAGAAUUUCGUGAAUGUGACCACGUUGGUGUUGGAAACUAAUCGGCUACUUUUGACCUACGAAAAUCAACUAAUGCACACCCAAACCCUCAAAAAGUUACCCCACUUCGAAUACCACAAGCCAAGUUCGUGGAUGGAAUCUGCCUGUUUCUAUUCCGAAUAUUUCGGUACCAUGAAAAAGUUGGUGCACGAACUGUCGGACUUCAUUCCCAACAUUAGGCACCUGAAGGAGAUCUGGUCAUGUGACAACACCCAGAUGGAACUGGACCUGAUACGUCACAGCUGCACCGGCCUAAUUGUGACCCUGAACAAGUUGGACCAACGGGUGGGUUUGGCACAGACCGUCAAGCUGUUCGAGGAGAGCAUCAACUUUAUAGAGGCUUCGUGUCCACUGAGUGAUAACCUGAAGAACUAUCUUGCAGACGUCAAAAAGGACAUCGGGUAUCAGACCAUGAAUGCCAUAGGGAAGACUCUCGAACUCACUAACUCAGCCAGCUUGUCCUACUUCACGUACUCACCCUUAACAAUUUGUGAGGUUAAAGCUUCUUUAGAACCGUUCCAUUUUGGACGGCAUAAAUUUAAAAGUUUAAAGAUAGACAAUACUUUGUCGAAGCUGACAGCUCUUAGGCCCAAUUUGGAUGUGUCGAUGUACGGAUGAGAUGACCUGGAUGUGUUCAAUAUUAGUAAAAUAUUAGAGGUGAUUAAAUAAAAUUGAAGAGGCUGAUCAAAAUAAUUAGCAGUUGAAUGAAGAAAUGUGAGGAAUGUUCUGGUGAUUUUAGGAAGAGUAAACAAAAGUCUACAAACAUUUCAAGUAUUUGUAUAAAUACAAAAUUUAUAGGACAUUGUUGUAUCUUGGAUGGACCGCUCACUAUUGAAUUAUUUUUAUACUUUUUAUUAAAUAAAAUAUAUUUGUCUUCA